AUGCCAGGUGCAAAGAAAGGGCCUACGCCCACAGCUCGGCCACGCAGAGAUGUGUUGGCAUCACUGCGCAUGGCAUCAAUGGAAGACAUCUCGAGAGCUGCUCUUCCGGCAGAAAUCGUGUCUUCCAUUCUCGAUUACGUCGGCCCCGUUGAUCUAAUCCGAGCAGCACGGUCCUGCAAGCUUAUGCACGAGAUGGCGUAUGACGAUACUCGAUGGGUACACAAGUUGAAACGAAUCGGAUGUUGGGAUGAAGCGGACGCUAGAAAGCAUGCCGAGCUUAUAUUUGGGACUGUUGCCAAUAUGGAAGCCGUCGCGCAACAAGAGGAAGCUGAGACUGGCGAUGGAACAGUACCUGCCAUCACUGUCAACAAUAGUCCUUCCGACGAGCUGAAAGAGAUAUCUGAUGGAUUCGACAAAAUCGAACUAGUAAAUACAGCAUCGCAGGCUGAUAUGUCUCGGGAUCUCCUGGACGAACCCGCUCUGGUGGUUUUAAAACAGGUCAGGUCAAUCCGUGGCGAGGCGCGUCAAGAAUACGGCAAGAUACAUGCUGCGCUGGCGCCAUUCUAUGAGGAUAUCGCACGCUCUGGGCCAUCCUCGGAAAAUCUGGUAUUCACAAAAUAUAAGGAUCCCCAGGCUCAAGCACAAAUACUGGCACAGUUGUUGUCAUUCUCCAAGUCUGAUAUGAUGGAAGGAUGGGAUGAGCGACUAGACAAUUUAGAGCGCACGGUCUCGAUGUUCGAGACUGCUGCACUAAAUGAAUUUCGCCAGGGAUAUGAAACGGACGACAUCGAUGGAACUAUGCGGAAAUACGCCCACAUUUUAUGGACACUCAAUGGCGGACAAGCUGCUGUGGAGUUGUUUAUCCAUCACAAUCACCUCAUGACUCGGAAGUCUGAGUUAGGGAGCGUCGCUGACUGCAUUGAUGGAUCAACCGGCCGAAUCAACAUGGAACAGACACAGGCUUUCUUUACACGUUUCAGUGUCGCGUUCAACGAUGAAAUUUCCAUCAUGAACCGCGUCUUUCCCCCGGACUUGGACGUCACAUCAAGCUUUAUGGCAAAGGUGGGCCAAGAUGUGCUGUAUCCUUUCCUCACAGCAAUAUUUGACGAGUUGCAUCGCGUCAGCAUCGAGUCAUAUCUCACUGCAAUAUCGGCAACCUUUGUGCAAUGCAUGAACCUCUCAGAGGCUUUGCUUCCCGUGAGAAGCUCAGACGCCAAAUUCGAUGAAUACCUUGAUAAUGUCGUGAUCAAGAUCUACGAACCGCACAUUGAUCUUUAUCUGGCGGAAGAACUGGAUCAUUUUAAGAAAGCCUGCGAAGCUACAGUGGCUGAGUGGGACCGACAGCUUUCUGAACAAGCGGCCUCGACAGAAUCAUUCUUGAUGUCAAAUAUCAAUCGUCAAGCCGAUAAACGAGACUUCCUCACUUCCUUCAAGAAAGUGAUUAUGAUGCCCGUAAAUAUCCUACCGAGCUUUUCAAGCGCCAAACAGAACGAAACGUCCAAAUCCGGCAUUGAGACAAGCAAUGACAAUUCGUCCCAAUUUCCCAAGAGCCCGAAUAGGUUUUCGACAAUAUCGUCACCUGCUCCGGUGCCUGUCGAAGAGGUCCCAACCACGGAGCUGGCGGCAAAAGCAGCUAUCAUGAAAUCCAAGAUGGAGGGUAUCCGCUCACUGUUCAGUAUCGAGAUUGCACUUGGUUUAGUCCAUUCUGCAAAGGCUAGUUUAGAAAGAGCCGCUCAAUUUGUUCGACUUGGCGGCGAAUUUGGGAUCGCGGCAAAGCAGCAAUGCGAGGCAAUUUUCGUGUCACUGCUACGCAUAUUGGGACACCAACAUGUUAUCGUUGGAUUCGACAAAGCUGUUAGCCAUCUAUCCAAUUAUCGACCUCGUGAACAAGGAGAACGUGACCAAUCUGGGGUCGAGCCCCUUGUCACCUUUUUGGAACUGGUCAAUGUCGGCGAUCUCAUUCUGCAGAUGAUGGAUGUGUUCUACGAGCAGGAGUUGAUUGGGUCGAGGCUGACUGAUCGAAAUGACUUCCUGGAUCCUGCCAAUAAAGAGAAGAAAAAAUUCGAGCAGAUGCUCGAUGAACGUGUCGCAGCUGGUCUGAACAAGGGCAUCGACGUUCUCAUGGAAGAAGUGGACUACAUUCUGGCAACGCGCCAACAAGCAACCGAUUUCAACCCAGGUGUAUCGACGGAUCCUCAUCGACAGACUAUGGACGUUGGCGUUAGCGAAGUCGCCGCUGCCGUCGUCGAUGUGGUCUCAUCCCACACGCAGAUGCUGGUGGGGAGCACUGACAAGAGCACGCUAGAUGUGUUCAAUCAAGAAGUCGGGCUCCGCCUGUUCACAGCUUUAUGCAAACAUAUCAAGCGACAGCGUAUCAGUGUGGAGGGAUCGCUCAAGCUGAUCAGCGAUAUGAAUCACUAUUUCAAGUAUAUUCAAACACUGCGAAAUAAUGAGCUUCUCCUUUACUUUACGGCGUUCCGGGAACUUGUGCAAAUAUACCUGAUUGACCCUGGCCACGCCAAGGAGCUGGCGACUGUCAUUGCUGAUGCAGAUCGGUUCCAUGGGAUCUGGCGUGUGGAGGAGGUCUAUGAAUUUGCGGAGCGUCGAGCUGAUUGGUACCAAGUCAAGCGAGACGUGGAACGAGCUAUGUAUGGCAUUGGCUGCAAUGUGAUGUAA